CAAUGAUAGUUUUUGAAUAAAAUUCAUAAUUAUAAUUUCUUGUCUUUCUAUUCAUAUAUAAUAAUAAAGUUACUUUAAAAAUUAUCCUGUCUGUAUUAUACUUAAAGGUCAGAUAUUACCAGUCAUCGCUGUUUGCGGACUGCCAUCCGAGGAUUAAAAUUGAAAGAAGGAAAAUGUGAAUACUUUACUCGAUAUACGACCCUUAGCAAAAAGUUUACGAAACGUAAUAAAACAUGGAGGCGAAACGAUGUAUCACGAUGUUGAUCGAAAUGAAUAAGAGUUAUUAAAAGUAAACAGUGACUUUAUUUAUAAUAACAAGUCUUUAACAAUAGUAGGAUGUUAAUAAAAGUCAUUGUCUAAGCCAGCGUCUCGAUGGAUUUAUUUUUUAAAUAGCCUGAGUCUCUUUUACGCUGAAUAAUUAAAUCGUUUCCAUGUAUUGCUUAAAGAUGUAAUUAGAUGCCUCAGUAGAUAAUACUUUUUUUUUCUCUAGACGAUAGAAGGUGCAAAAGACAAUUUUAAAAUUUUUUAAAUAAUCGCUAAUCGUAUAUAGUAAGAAUUAUAAUUACUCUUCGUUACACUUGGAAAAUUAGAAACUUACUAAGCAUAAUAUGUAUACUUUUUUAAGACACAAAUACUUGAAUACUUCGUUGUAUAGUAAAUAAGAUAGACGAAAAAUUAAUUGUUAAUUAAAUCUACUUUGUAUCAUGAGUAGUGGGAUACAUAGUCGGUUUAAAAGCGAUAACUUAGUUAUUGUAGGUCACACGUAUCUCUCCACUCGUUUCAGCGCAAUAUCUUUAUAUAUAUAUAUAUAUACAUAUAUAUAUAUAUUGUUACGUUGUUAGCCUUCAGUAUAUUGUAAUUGAAACCGUUGAGUAGUAUACUCAAUCUUUUAGUUCUUGAAAUAAAUGUAAAAUUUUUAUUCAAAAUGUUUACUGAACUUUUACCAUUUUGGACGAAAUACCGGUACCAUGUACUGAUUAGUAUCAUACUUUACAUUUUUUUGAAAUUAUCUUACGAAGUGUUAAAAAAGGGCACUAUUUUUAUUCAAAACAAAAGACAUAAUUUUAACAUUUUGGAUAAUACCAUGGAGCAGCUAAAAGACAUUAAUCAGGAAACACUAGAAAAUAGCGAUGAACCUGUACUGAGAACAGAUUUAAAACACAUCCCUUAUGUAUAUAAGAGACCCUCUGAAGAAGAGGUACUCUGUCGAGCUUCUGAGUUUUAUAAAAUAGUAGCUGCUAGGAGAAGUAUAAGAUUUUUCAGUCCUGACCCUGUACCAAAAGAAGUCAUACAUGAGAUAAUAAAAGCUGCAGGCACUACGCCUAGUGGUGCACAUACAGAACCAUGGACAUUCGUAGCGGUAUCAAAUCAGAAGGUGAAAGAACAAAUACGUCUUAUCGUUGAAAGUGAAGAAGAAAUAAACUAUAAAAAAAGAAUGGGAGUAAAGUGGACAACUGAUUUACUUCCAUUAAGAACAAAUUGGAUCAAAGAAUACCUGACUACCGCUCCUUAUUUAAUAUUUGUGUUUAAGCAAAUCUAUGGAAUUUUACCAAAUGGAAACAAGAAAAUUCAUUACUAUAAUGAAAUGAGCACAUCUAUUGCUUGUGGCGUUCUCAUCACUGCUAUACAGUAUGCAGGUUUGGUAACUCUGACUUCUACUCCUUUAAACUGUGGACCUGCCAUCCGCAACCUUCUUGGACGUCCUUCUAAUGAAAGGCUUGUUGUACUACUGCCAGUUGGUUAUCCAGCAAAGGACGCUACAGUGCCUGACCUUCAGCGAAAACCUCUAUCUGAUAUUUUAGUAGAAAUUGAUUGACACAUACAUAAUGAAAAAUUAUGGGAAACAAAGUACCUCUGUUUAAUACUUUGUCAGAAUAUUUGCUUACUUAUGGGAUGAUACAAAAAUGAGUACACAUAAUCAUAGAUUUAUAUAUAUAAAUCCUGUUUUUAUAAAAAAACUUAUAUUUGUUUUGAGUAUUGUUUGUUACUUAUGAAUAUCUUACAUUACACUUUCGCAAAUAUAUAUAUAUAUAUUAUUCAUUAUAAUUAUAGAAUAUAAUUUUCCUUGGUCAAAGACAUGACUUUCA